AAAGGAAAAUUAAGUCAUAUAUGCUCAUUGUGUGUAAAAUUCCAGAAUUUUUGAAAUAAAUAAAGGCUUUUGUUUCAAAAUACGGCACUUUUCAUCAUUUAAACUAAAAUUAAAAAUGCCAGGAGGUUGUGCGAUUGUUGGAUGUCGUAAUAGAUUUAUUCGUGGUGGCAAACAUUUUUAUCGUUUUCCAAAAGAUGAACAAUUUAAGAAUCUAUGGAUCCAAUUUACGCGAAAAGGAAACUUUGAAGUGAAAAAGUGUUCAGCAAUUUGUGAGGAUCAUUUUGCCGCUGAUCGUGUUGUUGAGAAGAAAAAAGGACGACUAUAUCUAUUAAAGAAAACAGUCCCAACUAUUUAUUAUCGCGAGUCAAGGAAAGGUUUAGAAAAGGUUGAAGUUGAGUUUGAUAAUGAACGAUGCGCAUAUGUCGGUCAAGAAAGCGUUAACCUUCUUCGUGGUACCAAAAGCGCACAAGAAGAAAAGCUUCUAAUGCAAGAUCGUCGUAAGAAGGCAGAAGACUUAAAAAAUUUGUGUCGCUUUUGUUUUGAAUCACAAAAUGAAAAAUUUGUUGCCAUCAAGAAACUUGAAGCAUAUUCAAUCAAUCCCACUGAUAUGAUAGAGUUAUUGGAUGUGAGUCCUCAAUAUAAUGAAGUAUUUAGUGAAAUUGUAUGUGAACAAUGCUUUCAACAAAUUGUAACAAUUGACAGUUUUCGUAAAAAGUGUCGCAAAGCUCAAGAUGAAUUUGUGGCCGAAAUGCGAGAAAUUGAUCAAAAACUUCAACUCAUUCGAAAUUUUAAGUCGGAGGAUCAGAAGUCUUGGUUCAAAUAUGAUUCAAUGCUAGAACCUGAUCCUGAAGAGCAUCAUAGUGGGCAAAUUGAAAUUGUCGAAGAGCAUUUAGAUGAUAACAUUUCCUUCAUUGGAGAUGAGAACGACGAAGACUUCAACGACCAUGCAUACGAUAGUCAAGACUUCAGCGACUACAAGAUGGUUAUUCAAGACGAUAACAAGGAAUUUCUCAUAAUCAAAGAAGAAAUUUUACUUAAAAACGAGCCCAUUGAAAUAAUAGCGAAUAAUAGCAGUUUAGAGCCACAAUUUGAAAUUAUGAAUGAAGAUGAAGAUGACGAUGGAGAAGAUUAUGAAGGAAUGAUAAAUACAUCCAAUAAGACCUUAUACGACAUUAACGAUGUUGAUAACAUAAUUAAAAAUCCUGAACAGAAUUCUUUUGCUCUGAGAAUUUACGAAUGUUUUUUCUGUCGUUUGAAAUUUGCUGGAAAGAAAACUUUCAAGUCGCAUGAAUGUUCAAUCAAAGAAGUGAAAUGUGAAGUGGACGGUUGUGAUAAAGUUUUUAAUAAACUCAGUGGCUACAACACGCAUGUAGUGAAGGUGCAUGGACUAUUAAAAACCUCAAGACAUUUCUGUCCGAUUUGUAAGAAUGUUUUCAUGUCAACAGAAAAUCAGUUUAAAAAUCAUUGUCGCCAAUGCUGUAAAGAAUCUGAGAAGAAAGACUUUGACAACCCUAUCGAGUGUGAGAUCUGCAAGAAGAAAUGUCCCAACUUAAAGAGUUACACGGUCCAUAAACUUUUUCAUGAUUCGAGAAAUCUUAUCAGUGGAAAUGAGAAGAACGCAUCAAGUCUGCUUAUGAAAGGUCCAGUCAUAUGCGAGCUUUGUGGAAAAGAAUUUACAAAUGUUCAAGGGCUUAGAACUCAUAGGAAAAAUGUUCAUCGCAUUGGACAACCUAAAGAUAUGGUGUACCAAUGUGACAUUUGCUCAAAGUUACGGCCAACAAAACGUUCUCUCUUCAAUCACAUGCGAAAUGUUCAUCGCGUUCGCGAAACACCUUGCAACGUGUGUGGUAAAAUCUUUAGAACGCCAGCACUGCUACAGAAGCAUAUGAUGUAUCAUGAUGAGACUAAAAGAAUUCACAAAUGUCCAAUGUGUCCCGAUAAGCCUGGAUGGUUCACAAAUGUAGCGCUUAAACGUCACCAAAGGAGUCAUCAUUUAGGCUUAAAAGAGCAUCAAUGUGAUAUUCCUUUUUGUGAAACGUCUUUUGCGUCGUCAAUUAUGCUUAAGCAACACAAAACUAAUAUCCACGGAUAUCAAGUAUGAAUAAUAACUAAAUAAAUUUUAAUUUAAAUGAGUGUUUUGAAAUACUUUUUGACACUUACCUACAUUCUCACCAAAAUAUAAAAUUGUAAAUUAUUUUAAUUGACAUCAAAUCACUUUUUAGAAAUGCAAUAAAUAUGACUACUUUCUUUACUCAC